AUGAGCGAGAGACUUGAACUUUCGCUUACCCCCUUGGGUACUCGAGCCCCACAAACCCUUUUAAGCAUGCUGAACAAGAAGAUCGAGAGUCUCACGGUGGAUUCAGACCUUUUGGAUUCGCUGGAGCAGCCAGUCAAAAUUCAAAGAAUAGUACAGGAAGCCAUUCUGCUCGCAGGGGGUGCUGCUGCUGUCUUAUUGCAGGUAGCUGAGCCGGGCGUUGGAAAAGGGGUGAACUCCCACAGCAAAUUCGCAGACAGACCGAUGGACCGUCUCCGUACUACCAUGACAUAUAUCUACUGCAUGGCUUACGGCACCCGAGAGGAGAGGAGAUCAGUCAUAGAGAUGGUUCAUCGAGCACACGCACCCGUCAAGGGACCAGGUUACAACGCCAAUGACCCUACUCUGCAGUUGUGGGUAGCGGCAACACUCUACGCUGUUGGAACUGAUCUUCACCAACGGGUCUUUGGAAAAUUGGAUGAAGGGCUGUCUGAGGCGAUAUAUCAAGAGUAUUCAAUUCUGGCUACAUCGCUUCGUGUACCUGCAGGAAUGUGGCCCGCUAAUCGUUUGGCGUUUUGGCAAUAUUGGGAUGUCAAGAUUGCGACCUUGGAGAAUCUGAUCACCGAUGAGGCCAAAAAUGUGGCAAAUGAUCUAUUGCGCAACAAAAAAGUACCCAUUCAAAUCCGUGUCAUUCUUCCCAUAGUGCGUCUCACUACGGCUGAGAUGUUACCCCCGAGGAUCCGCGAGGCAUAUGGUCUAAAAUCAACAAAGAUGCGAAGGGGUUUUAAUCGCUUCUUGAUGGGAUUCACUAAAGCGACAUACCCUUGUCUUCCUCGCUGGAUAAGAACCUAUCCCAUGCGGUACUAUCUGAAGGAUAUGCGACGGAGAAUCGCUAAGAUGGCUUAA